AUGUCUCCCAAGACCCCCGUGCUCACCGACAAGGCCCCCAAGCCCUUGCCGGGCAUCUACUCCCAGGCCAUCAUCGCCAACGGCGUCGUGUACUGUUCCGGCGCAGUGGCGAUGGAUCCGACGACUGGCAAAUUGGUCGAUGGCGACGUCAAGGCCCACACCGUAUGUAUGGUCUGCCCACCGGAAAACAGAGAUCUGACGACUCGCCAGCACCAAUGCAUCAAGAACUUGACCCAUAUCCUCGAGGAAGCCGGGACCGACAUCACCAAGGUGGUCAAGGUCAACGUGUUCCUGUCCAACAUGGAUGACUUUAGCGAGAUGAACUCGGUGUACAUGCAGUACUGGGGCGAUGUGAAGCCCUGCCGGACAUGUGUGGCGGUCAAGACGCUGCCAUUGAACACGGAUGUGGAGAUUGAGUGCAUUGCGGUGUUGUAG